UCUAUUUACAGUUACGUGUUAAACUGCUAGCCGGCUUUAAGUACAGGAAUAAUCACACACACGCACAUAUAUAUAUACACACACGCAUCGUUGUUUCAACACAUACCGAGGGAAGUGACUACAUACUUGACCCCCAGGAGGCUCGGAGAGCUACUCCAAACGAUCGACCAUCGGAGAGCACACUCGCCAACGGUGUUGGAAUUACUCAGGUGUGAUGGGGCUUACUGACGCCAGCAAGUAUGAGCUGAGGCAGCAUAACUAAUUAGGACUGGCAUGGAGAAAGAGAACUCCGGAGGGAGCGCGGACAACGCGCCAGGAGGGACCUCGACCUCCGCGUCUGCGGCUUCGGUUACAUCAGGUUCAGCUGCCGAAAAAAUACAGGCAGAUCAAGCGAACCCUCUGCUGGACCCGGCAGCUCUCUUCAAUGCAUACUGGCCUAGAGGAGACAGCUCAACAUCAUCGCUAUUCAGUGGAAUGCCAGGUGGUUACAGUCUGAGUCCUCAUCAUUUGCCAUCUGCUUAUGCGAUACUUGGUCGGGGUGGUUCGGGGCAAGGAUAUGGAGGUCAUACUCCCACCUCUGCGCCACCACCGCCACCGUAUUCCCAUAGCAGUUUGGGUACCUUGAGUGUGGCAGCGAGUCAGGCCGCCAGUCUGGGUAUCAAUUCAGCUAGUGCAGCAUGGUGGUCUAUGGCCUCGCAGCUUGCUGCACAUGAUUACCUUGCGAGGUUACAGGGAGCCGCCGGGCUCUCCAGCUUUCCACCCAGUGCAGAAAGCUUACUGCCACCAUACCCUGGCUCAUUGCUCAAUCCGCCACCUUUAUCAUCUCACAAGUCUAAUAAAUCUAAAUCUAGUAAGAGCCAUAAGACUCCAGCAAGUAGUAGUUCCGCAACAGCUAGUCUGACGAGCAGUUUGGCCGUGAGUCAAACACCAAUUUCCCAUCACAGUACUUCAACUACUAGUACGUCUAAUUCGCAGACGAAUGUUGUCAGCUCUUCUAAGGAAGGAAGUGACCCCAGCAGUAUUUUGGGUGGCGUUCGGCUUCCACCAGAUACAGAAAUCAUCAAGUACACGUCCAGUAUAGUCGGCCCUAAGAUUCCCGGGACGACAAAUCGAGGGAGAAAGAAAACAAUUUCUCUAGACACUCCAAGUGUCAGCGUUCAUCCGCCACCUCUACCGGCUAUAAGUGCACAUCAAACUAAUACUUCUUCCUCUCUGAUGUUAGACCCUCGAAAAUAUAGUCGAACUGGGAAUGAUGCGAAUGACUACAGAGAUCCUGUUGAUAGGGUCGAAGUAAUUAAAUUACCUGCACAUUCAACAAAUGGAUCAGUUCUUACAGCACCGCCUACCUACACCACCAGUAAUACGAGUAAUACUAGUGAUACGGAUGCACCGCUCAAUCUUUCGUUGAAACCUGCAUCAACCUGUAGUAGUGCACCUAUGACUGGAAGUCAAGCGCUUAGUCAGCUGAGCAAUUUGAGUCAGUCUCUUUUAGCUGCAGACCGAACGUCACGACGGAAGCCUGGCCCAAAACCAAGACGAGUGCCGCAGAAUUCAGUCCCCGUACCUGCCUCACCUAGUCCGUCACUUGCUCAGCUUUUUGCCGCUGCUGAUUCACCGCAAAGGCCAAGCAGCGGCAGCGAAGAAAAUGAUAGCAUGACAGCCCACCACAAAGAUGGGCGGCCUAGAAAUCUUGGUCGUGGUGUGUCGAAGCCGAAGAAGAACACUGUCGCAUCCCUGUUAGCUCAAAGUAGAGCGCUUGGUAUUAAGCCCACACCUGCUUUAGAUCCUAGUGCACCAUUAGCGCAUCAGGUGUCUCUACUUAGGUCCAACAUAUUCGCUGCGCAGUUGCAAGCAAAUACAGGAUUUCUGGAUGAGAAGAUGCAGGAAAAAAUGAAGAACAAACUUCUGGAAGUGUCCGGAGAAGAGAGCAAUAUGGAUGUGACUAGUGAAAGUGGCAGUAAUACAGAUGCGGUCACAGACACUGAUGAUGACAACGUUGAAGGAAUACCUAGUGCUAAAAAAAGAAAAUUAAAUCCUAGUGAAAAAGAUCUGCAACUGGCUUUGGAUCAUGGAUGGAAACGCGAAACAGUUAUCAAAGGACUUGGAAAGACAGGCGUUAUUAAAGGAGAUGUUACUUACUACAGCCCGUGUGGAAAAACAUUCAGAAAUACUCUUGAGCUUCUAAAAUUUCUGGAACAACAGAAUUCCACGGAGCUCACCACUGCUAACUUUUCAUUCUCAUCGCGACCACUUGUCGGUGAAUUUUUGCAACCAACGAUGGGUUUAGCUGAAGCGGAAUUCGUCAGGCUUGGAUCGCAAGAAGUUGCGAGAAGAUUGGAAGAGUUAAGGGUAGCAGGAGGCCUUCGAGAUGCCAGGCCAAACAAUCAAUACGACAGAGAUAAAUUGGCUCAUGCUAAGAAGCUAGCUAAAGAAGAAGCUCAGAGAUAUAAAGAGCAAGUGAGGUUAAUAAAGGAGCAAGAGAAGUCUGAGAGGCAAGAGGCGGUGAGGCGAGAGCGAGAACUCAGAAAUCAACAGCUGCUCGAAGGUCGCAAGCGCCUAGCAUUCACGAUCAAACAGAAAAUGAAGAUCAUCCAGGAGAUCGAGUGCGGAAAGAGCAAGAGCGAUGUGGCGCGAGAGCUCGGGUUGGCUAGCAGUACCGUUGCGACAAUUUGGAAGAAUCGUGAAAGUAUCACAGAAAGUUGGCGAAAUAGAGACGUAAUGCAGAUGGAAGAUACUGAUUUGAAAAAAGUGACGUCAAUCCCUGAGGUGCAACAGGUCCAGAAGCAAACGCAAAACCAUGAGUUGCUGGAGGCGCGGAGAAAGAGGCAGGAGGAGAUGGAGAAGAUUCGCAUGGAAGAACAACAACGAAAGCAGCAGGAAAGGGAACUGAAAAGACAGCAAGCCGUGAUGCUCAAGGAACAGAUGUACAUGCAGGAGCUGAGCAAGCAGCGCGAGAUGCUCUACACCGUCGAGCUGGAAAGGGAGAGGAGACGACAACACAUGGCAUUAGUGAGGGCAUUGGAAAAUCGUAGAAGAAUGGAAGAACGAGAAAAGAAACGACUAGAAGCUAGAGCCGAAAGAAUUGCAAAUAAAGAAAAGCGUAUAGAGCAGAGGAAACUUGAAAUGGAACUGAUUGAGCAGAUCAGGAAACCUGUUGAAGAUACGGAGUUGACAGAUCAAAAACCCCUGCCAAAAUUGAAUAGGAUACCAGGGUUGAAAUUAUCUGGUCAAGCAUUUGCCGACAUUGUCAUGGUGUUUGAAUUCCUGCAUAAUUUUGGCGAAACACUUGGUUUUGAUAUGGAGUCACUGCCUAGUUUGAAAAGUCUUCAACUAGCUCUUUUAAACGACGAAGAAGCUGAAGAAGAAUUAUUGUCUGUGAUGACACAUCUUUUAGUUUGUGCAAUAGAAGAUCCCGGUAUUCCACAACCAGCACGUCAUACUACUGGCUUAGGACAAAGUCUACGUCAAGCAGAUAUAACUCAUGCCAAUAUCAGUGAAGUUCUGAGAAUUUAUUUAUAUGCAAACGCCACUGGUGAAGUUAAGGCUUUAACUGGCGUUUGCCUAGAGCGUGAAAGGGACAAAAAAUUUGCUGAUCACCAUCAGAACGGUGGUGACAACACUUCGACCUGCUCUGGAAAAAAUGCUCAGUUCUAUGAACAUUUGCACAAUAACGAGACAUGGAAAAUGUCCGAGAAACUGAGAGAUAAACCAUUUUUAGCUUUAAAUCCAACCGAAAAAGCACAAAUGCUUGCAUUUCUGUGCAACGAGUUACUUCAAAAUAAGGCUGUGAUAAAACAAAUUGAGGGGAGCUUAGAAACUUUAGCGCAGAUGAAAAAAGAGAGAUUCGUUCUGGAUACCAAGAUCAGAAAACUCAGACAACUACACAACAGAAAAGUACGCAUGGAAGCAGUGGGUGUCAUAGUGAACAAGUCUGGUGAUACAAUAACAAUAGAGAAAAAAGAAGGAGAUGAGGAAUGUAACCCAUCAACGGCUGCUGGAGCCACACCUACUUUGGAUGAAAUACACCAAGAGGAUGAAGUCGAAGACAUGUCAGAAAACGAAAGUGAAGGCACUCAACCUGAAGAGGAGGAAGACAAGAAUCUAUCUGGUGAAGAAUUGGGAAAGAAACUAGAUCGUCUUUUGAAAAAUUCUGAAGAACAACUACAAAAAUUGAACAGUUCGUCAAAACAACUUCGUGCACAUGUGUUGGGGCAGGAUAGGUAUUGGCGAAGGUACUGGGAGCUGCCGUGUGCAGGCGGUAUAUAUGUUGAAGCAAUGGAAAGUGCAGAGCCAGAAAUUCUUGAUGUUCAAGCUGUACUAGACGUAAAUUAUAAACCUACUCCCGAAGAUGAAGAGAUGCAAGAGCAGAAUAUGGAAGAAGAAACGACAGAAAAGAAAGAACUUAAUGACGAGGUGUCAAAGCAGUCCCUGACAGAUGAUAAACCAAGCCCCGAAGAAGUUGAGAACAUCGAAAUUAAGUCUGAAGUCAACGACGUUAAAAUGGAAGUUGAUGAAGUUAGCUGCAAGGAAAAACUUGAAAAUUCCAUAAAAGAGGAUUUAACGAGUGUGAAAAGUGAAGUUAAAAUGAAUAUCGACAGUAUUAAAUCUGAUGCGAAAACAAAUGUCACAUCCGAAGAGAUUAAACAAGAGACUGAAGUUCAAAAUAUUGAAACCGCAACUGAAGAAAUAAAGAAUGAAGAAAAUAAUACAGAUGAAGAUAUAACCGGUUCUGUGACGAAAACUGUGGAAGAUAAGAUCGUAGAGACUAUACCGAAUGGAGACAAAUGUAACCAUAUAAAUAAUUCUCACUACUCGAAUGGCAAAGAAUUGAAUGGAACAUUCAUUUGUGGUGGAAAUACUGAGCCUGUUUGGUUCUCUAUUUUUCCUCGAGAAACCUGUGAUACACCAGGCUCAUGUACCAAGACUAUUUUUGGAAUAGCAGAGACGACAGAACUCAGGAUACCUGUAUUUCCUCCGCCUUCUAGUCCAUCCUAUGACAGGUGUGAUAGUCCAGCACCCUUGGUUUUAACUCAGGACGAAGCUACCCAGCUAGAACACUUGAAGAUCCAUGGUCUGCCUCCAGCCGGCGAUCCAAAACCAGUGCCAGAAGAACUCCGAUAUGGUUGGUGGAGAGUAUCAGAUGUUGAUACUUUUCAAGCGUUGUUGGAGAAACUUCACUCCCGUGGUGUGCGAGAAAAAGAACUGAAACGGACGACUUGGGCAACGAUGGAAUCCUUCUUAGCUAUAACAGGAAAAAUUCAUGUUGACCCUGGUAAUACUGCAGCUACAGAUUUACAAGGGGAUGAUGAUGAAAAGGACAUUCCUACGCCAAGACCUGACAAGCCUGAUGAUUGGAGUGAACAAGUAGCCUUGCGAGUCGAUGCUCAGCUGCUGGAACAGGUUGAAGCACUCGAAGACAAGGUUGCCAAUGCCAGUAUGCAAGUCAAAGGCUGGAAGCUACCACCCAGAUCUGGUACCGACGAAGCUGAGGAGUUAGAAAAAAUUAAUGAAGUUGAACAAGUUAGUGCUGUUGAACAAGCAAGGCAAAGGCUAUUAUCGUUAGAGGCAGCAAUCGAGAGAAGGUAUCUUAAACCGCCUCUCGGUAUCUGUACCGGAGACCCAAAUCUUACAGCUCUUAAGGCAGAGCAAGCAGCUGCAACAAAUUCGAUUGUGAACAACUCAGAUUCGAAUGCUCUCGGGCCGCCACCUAUUGAGGAAACAACGCCACGGGGCCUCAAUAACUGGCGAGAGGCAACUGCUAGGGCGCACACAUCAGCACAGUUGGCAAUGGCGCUUUACAUGCUGGAGGCUAGCAUCGCCUGGGACAAGAGCAUCAUGAAGGCAGUGAGUCUAACACCAGCUAGAAACUCGGUCUGCAUCAUGCUGCGAAACCGCUGCGUCUCACUCAAAGCUACCACUCAAUACAAUCAGCUAUUGACUACUACUCAGGCCUCUAAUUGCCAAUUCUGUCAUAGCGGCGACAACGAGGACAAACUACUGUUGUGUGAUGGCUGUGACCGUGGAUAUCACACUUAUUGCUUCCGUCCAAAAAUGGAAAACAUUCCCGAUGGUGACUGGUAUUGCCACGAGUGCAUGAAUAAAGCAACGGGAGAAAGAAAUUGCUUGGUAUGUGGUAAACGAAUGGGAAAAAAUUUAGUUUUGUGCGAAUUGUGCCCAAGGGCUUAUCACACGGACUGCCACAAUCCUGUAAUGCCUAAGAUGCCUCGUGGAAAGUGGUAUUGUUCCAAUUGUCACAGCAAACAACCAAAGAAACGGAACAGUAGUCGAAGAAGUCAUACCAAAGGAGCUACAAGGGAUAGUGAAAGUUCUGACCACCCUCCAACUAGUCCAACUCCAUCAACAGCGUCAAACACCCACGUCGAAGAUGUUAGUUCCUCAGAGCCACCGACCCCUACUGCAUCACCUCGCAAAGAAGGCAAUAGCAGAGCACUGACGAAAAAGCAACAACGAGAAUUGGCACCAUGUAAAAUUUUACUAGAACAAUUAGAGCAACAAGAUGAAGCGUGGCCUUUUUUAUUGCCAGUUAAUACAAAACAGUUUCCAACGUAUAAGAAAAUUAUAAAAACUCCAAUGGAUCUCAGUACCAUUAAGAAAAAGUUACAGGACUGUGCGUACAAAUCAAGAGAUGAAUUUUGCAUUGACGUCCGGCAAAUGUUCAUAAACUGCGAGGUGUUCAAUGAAGAUGACAGUCCUGUCGGAAAAGCUGGUCACGGAAUGCGUAGCUUUUUUGAAAUGCGUUGGACAGAGAUUACAGGAGUGCCACCACCUCCUCCGCCUACGCAUAGCUGAGGCUCAGCACGCUCACGCAACAGCUGUCACAGUUUUGCGCACUUCUAUUACUAGUCCAAUGUAAGGUUUCACCAAAUGUAUAAUUACAAGAUCUGUCGUCCAGAUAUCUAUGAUUGUUUAGUACUAUUAUUGUUAAAAAUUGUGCGCUCGUGUUGAAUUCCUGUAAUAUUACCGAAAAAUACGAUUACCAGACAGUUUUGCAAAUAUUGAAA